UAUGUUCAACUGUCAUUUGGAGAUCAGCAAAUUUUGAAUAUUUUGUUAAAUGUUUCAUAACUCAUAGCGGAGUUUUCCAAAUUUUGGUUUGCUUUGGCAGCUGUUUUGCUAUAUCAUAUUGUGGCCCUCUUUAGGUUGCUCCACUUUUAAAUUGUACAGAAGUAUUUUGUUUCGGACCAUUCCCAUGUGUGAGCCAAAGAGUAGAAUAAAGGCAACGCCUCCUCGUUGCUUGCGCUGCUGCCCGCCCUGUUGCAAUCCCUGCCUCUGCUGCCCGCCCGAAUGCUGCAAGCCAUGCACCGCCUACUGCAUAUUCGACUUGGAGAGUGCAGUGUUUGAUACUCGACAAAUCUAUCAACGCGCUUGCCGUGAGCUCCUGGCCAGCUAUAAUAAGACUUUGCCGGAAGAGCUGAUCUUGCGCAGCGCUCCCAUGGAGACGCAGGAGAUGGCUGAGCUGAUCUGCCGCAAGUGCAAGCUGCCCAUAGCCUGGGAGAACUUCCUGAUCCAACUGAACGAGCACACGUGCGAGCUAAUUGGCAAUCCGCCGAUGAUGGAAGGCGUGGAGCGGCUCGUCACCCAUCUGCAUGAAAAUUGCAUUGGCCUGGGUCUGAUCACGGGCAGCAGCAGAGAGAUCUGCAAGAAAAUACGUGGAAGAGAAGAGUUCUUCGGCCUGUUCGAUCUGGUGCUGUGCGCCGAUGAAUAUAAUAGGCCCAAGCCGGAGCCGGAUUGCUAUUUGAUAGCUAUGCGUCGGCUAUGUGAUCCGCCCUGCGCCGAGUGCUGUUUGGCCUUCGAUGGCACCACCAAAGGUGUGCAGGCGGCUAAAGAGGCACGCUUGAAGGUCAUUAUGCUGCCCGAACCGGAGCUGCCUUGCUGCUGGUCAGAGCUGGCAACGCAACGGCUCGAAUCUUUGAUCGAAUUCAAUCCCGAGGAGUUUGGUAUGCCCUACCUGGAGCCGCUGCCCGAACCACCGCCACCUGUGACACCUGAAUAUAGCGAGCCUGACCACAUGGAGUACUCCGACGCCAUCGCCAACGCACAGGAUGAUGAGGAGGCAGCUGAGGACAACGAGGAGCCACCCGUCGAUUAGAUAUAUGUAUAUAUAUA